AUGGAAGACCAAGGGCCGCAGACGAUCUGGCAGAAGAUCGACAACACCGUCAUCCCGGUCGUCAAUUUGGAAGUCCGAGAAGUCAGAGAGGUGCUAUGGGACAAGAUCAAGGAGCCGACGUCGCAAAGGAAGAUCAUCCUAGUCAUAGUCUCUAUAGCCCUACUCUUGGACAAUAUGCUGUACAUGGUGAUAGUACCCAUCAUACCGGAUUACUUGCGAUACAUUGGCGCUUGGGGCGAGGCGGGUUUCGACCACGUCGUCACACUCGCUCCUAUCCAGGAAGGAAACAGGACGAUCAUCCCGACGCAAAUAAUUCCCGCUUCGCACGAAGGACAAGACUCGGCUACCGGAUUGCUAUUCGCAUCCAAAGCUAUCGUGCAACUAAUGAUCAAUCCCUUCUCUGGUGCCUUAAUCGAUCGCAUCGGAUAUGAUGUGCCGAUGAUGAUUGGACUGAUAAUCAUGUUUCUGUCGACGUCGAUCUUUGCCUGCGGAAGAAGCUAUGGUAUGCUUUUCUUCGCCAGAAGUCUUCAAGGUGUGGGAUCCGCCUUCGCUGAUACGUCAGGGUUGGCCAUGAUAGCUGAUAGAUUCACUGAAGAAUCGGAACGAUCGAAAGCCCUCGGAAUAGCUCUAGCUUUUAUAAGUUUCGGUUGUCUCGUCGCCCCUCCGUUCGGUGGUGCUCUGUACCAAUUUGCCGGAAAAGAAGUCCCGUUUCUCAUAUUGGCAUUGAUCUCACUGAUGGACGGCUUCAUGCUUCUGUUGGUUAUGAAACCACUGAAAACUCAAAUUAAGGAAGCUCAACAGCCGAAGCCGGACGGUACACCGAUUUGGAAACUGUUAAUGGAUCCCUAUAUCGCAGUAUGUGCGGGAGCUCUCAUGAUGUCUAACGUAGCUUUGGCAUUCCUGGAACCCACCAUUUCCUUUUGGAUGGAAGACAACCUCACGAAGGACAACUGGAAGAUCGGCAUGAUAUGGCUACCGGCAUUCUUUCCGCACGUUCUCGGUGUUAUAAUAACCGUGAAAAUGGCCAAACAAUAUCCACAACACCAAUGGCUGAUGGCAGCCGGAGGUUUAGCGUUAGAAGGGUUGUGCUGUUUCAUCAUACCUUUUGCAACCUCGUACAAAAUGUUAAUGAUACCCAUCUGCGGUAUUUGUUUUGGCAUCGCUCUUAUCGAUACGGCACUACUGCCUACUUUGGGGUAUUUGGUAGACGUGAGGUAUGUCUCCGUGUACGGCAGCAUCUACGCAAUCGCGGAUAUAUCCUAUUCGUUUGCUUACGCCGUGGGCCCCAUUAUCGCUGGAGAGGUCGUCGAGGUGAUAGGAUUCACCGCUUUGAACCUGUUUAUCGCUUUCAGCAACCUUCUCUACGCACCUGUGCUGAUGUACCUGAGGCACAUCUAUGACUUUAAGCCCUUCGAAAACGAAGCCAACAUUCUUAUGGCCGAUCCACCGGAUAAAGAGUACCAAACCUAUUCUAUGCAAGACCAGAGACCGGUGAACGGCGAGUUCAAGAAUCAUUUAGAGUACUCUAACGUGCAAGGCCAAGACAACGUCCAGGAGUCGAAUAUAGAUAGCGGCAGAAACGAUUACCAGCAGGGCUAUCAGAAUUAUUCGCAAGGCUACGAGCAGCAAGGGUACCAACAAGAGACGUACGGCCAGCCCCGGCAGCUGCCGGCGCAACCGCAGGCCCCAGCGAGCAACCCAUUCCGAGCGACUGUGGAGCCUCCCCCGCCGGCGCCCACCGCACCACCUGUGCGGAAUCCCUUUCGGCAAGGCUUUUAG